AUGUGGCUCAAAACAAGCGCGCUGACAUUCCUGUUGCUCUGUGUUGUCCUUCAAACAGCCAGUGCAAUCGAAGAGACCAAAUUUGAGUGCAAACAAUGGACGUGUGAAUUCACCAACAUCUACUUCGGCUCACCGGAGGAAACGGUGGUGGGUUUUAGUAACUAUGUAAUUAUUAUUCACAUUUUAUUGUAUUUUUAUGUCCUACCCAAUAAACUAUACUACUACUACUACUACUACUACUCACCGGAGGAAACGGAGAACUUCACUAUCGAUUACGAUCUGAAUAACAAUUAUUAUGUCAAGUUCACACAAUCUUAUAUUCCUACUAUUCCUCCUAAACUGUUCGUAGAAAAGCACAAUAUGCAGUUUCUCACGAUUGAUGAGUGCGAUUUGUACGAGAUCCGGCCCAAUGCUUUUAAGAAAGCUAAAUCGCUUGCAAUACUCAAGCUUAGAGAAAACCGUUUGGAGAAGCUGUACAGCGGCAUGUUCGAAGGUGCGAAUAAGCUGAAUUUGCUCGAUGUUGGUCAUAAUCGGAUUAGUAGCAUUGAGAACAACACAUUCGCUGGUGUUCGGAGGUUAUUGAGGCUCCAGUUGAACCAGAAUCGUUUUUCGGCCUUACCGAAGGAUGUGCUGAAGCAACUCCCUAUCCCAGAAACUUUGAAUGUGGAAUCCAAUUUGAUCAGCGAGUUGGAACAGGGUGUUUUUGCCAAUAUGGGUAGUUUGCAAAGCCUGGAACUUGGACACAAUUUAUUGCGCACGUUGGAAGCAGGUGUAUUUACAGGAUUGGGAGAACUGCUAGACUUAGAGCUGUUUCAUAACCUAUUGGACAGUAUCAACGAGCAAGCAUUCGCACCGCUUACCGAACUAGAAUCGUUGGAUUUGAGACACAACCACUUAAAAACAUUGGCGAAGGACACUUUUGCGCAACUCACCAAGUUGAAGAAUCUACGUUUAGAUGGGAAUUUUUUCACUGAAGUGGAAGCGAGUGUAUUUGCGAAUAAUCGUGCCUUGAGAUGGCUAUCCCUCGAUAGCAACGCCAUAAGUGAACUCGCAAACGGUACAUUUGGCAGCUUGGCAAACUUGCAAACUUUAUCGCUCGAUAACAAUCGGUUGCGUCAGAUUGACCAAUAUAACCUCGAUGCUAAGAGCUUGGAACACCUUUCGCUCCGAGACGGUGGUCUGUUCCGUAAACUUCGCCGCCUGGAGCAGCUUAAUCUCAAGGGAAAUAAAAUCGAAGAGCUACGAGCAGGAGCACUGGCAGGUCUAGGUGGCCUGCAGAAGUUGAGCAUCGAUAGAAACGCUAUUAAAACAAUUGAUGAACACUUCUUGAACGACACACAAACGCUGGGAACAUUCUCGAUAGCGGAUAACUUCGUGCAACAGAUUCCUGCCCGGCUCUUCGCCAAAAAAGAUUCCUUAACGGAAAUUACGCUGGCAAACAACCUCAUUGAGGAACUGAAACCAGGAACCUUCAGUUUCAAGGCCGAUAAUGAAGUUAUGUUGAACCUAGAACGGAAUCUGCUGGUGCGACUGGAAGAUAAUGUUUUCAACAUUAGCAAACUGGAAUCCCUCAACCUGAAUGACAACCAUAUUGAAGAGAUUUCGGAAAAAGCGUUCGAAAAACUAGUUGACUUGAGAAAACUGCAGCUAGAUGGAAAUCUUCUGCGCCAUAUUCCUGCUGCCAUCAACAAAACAACGGCACUAGAAUCUCUCUCGAUUAAGAACAACCCACUGGAAACGAUACAAGCAGACCAGUUCAGCCAGUUAAAGCAGCUAAUUACAUUGAACUUGACAACCGAUCAUAUCGAAACAUUUGAGAAUGUGUUCGGGGAUGUACGGGAACUGAAAAGUCUGAUCAUCGAUCAAACGGACUUCUCGGUAUUCAACGGUUCCCAGUUUCAGGCAUUGGACCAAAUCGAGUACCUAUAUGUGAAUCAUAGUAUCCUGUCCGAGAGCGAUGACAAUUUCCUCACCACUAUCGGCGAAGACUUCUUUGCAGGGGCACCUAAGCUAAAGGAGAUUGAUUUGACGGAAAAUCAAUUAACCUCGAUCAGUACCAAAGCGUUCCAGGGACUCAAGGAUCUGAGUGUGCUUCGCAUCGGCCCGUACAGUGGUGUGCUGAAGGACAUUGUCGCCGGGAACAAGCAAUUGGUAACACUUACCCUGGAGGACGUGGACUUUUCUACCCUGUCGGAUCAGUUUUUCUCGGUUACCAGAAAGCUACAAACACUAAAGAUUCGCAACAAUCCCAACUUAUCACAGCUUAAACCUACUUGGUUCAAACAUAUGUACUACUUGAAGGAUUUGGACUUAUCAAGCAACAACAUUUCGCAAAUUAGCGCAGAAAUCUUUGAAAGUGUGUUUAAACUAGAAGCAAUUUAUCUGAACAACAAUCCCUUGAAAUCUUUAGAUAAAUUGGUGUUCAAGAAUUUCCCAUACAUUCGAAAGUUGGGCCUUGAAAACAUAACGCUCACCGAGCUUCCAUUUGAAAUAUUCGACGGGCUGUAUAAGCUUGAAGAGCUAUACCUUGGCGCCAACCAACUAUCCAACCUUCAGAAUGGAACUUUCCGACAGCUGAUUUCUCUAACAACUCUUGACUUGAAAUAUAAUUCGAUCCAGUACCUGGGGCCGUUCCUGUUUGCUGAUAACCCACGCCUUAGGAAGGUCAAUCUGUCUCACAACAAGUUGCAAUACCUUGACACUAGCCUCUUUGCUCGUCAGCUGGCGCUUCAAGAGUUGGAUAUCUCCAACAACUUCUUCUAUGCCUUCAAUCUUCAACAAAUGAGCUUCGGUCCAACACUGAAAUAUUUGUUCAUCGAUUCUAACAUGCUUAUGUCACUGGUAAUCACACCUUACUUGGAGCAACUUACAGCCGAUAGCAAUCACCUCAAAGCGAUCGUUGUAGACAAAUCGCCUUUCUACAAGCUAACCAAGCUGUCGAUAAAUAGCAACCAAUUUGAGAGUGUUUCUCAACCGGCUUAUCCGUUCUACAACUUGAAGGAGCUAUCAGUGGCCCAAAAUGUCAUCCCGGGGAUCCAUCUACCGACAAUCCUUAGCAAACUACCUAGGCUGAAUUUCCUGAAUGUUUCCCUUUCCGCUGUUGGCACUUUUGGAUCUGCAAACGAAGUGAAGCAAACGCGUCUGAAGGUGUUGGACCUAUCGAACAACACACUCACUGCGGAAGAGGUCGAGAGGGUGAAAAACCUGCCAGGACUGGAAACCUUUACCAUCGGAGGCAACCAAUUCGACCACUUUCAGGCUGAUGUGGUGCUGAACAAUCUGCCGAAGCUGAAAACUCUCGGACUGAGUAGCUCAGAGUUAACCUGCGGUUUUACGAAGAACAUCGAAGGGCUAGCAAAGCAAUUGCACUUCACCGUGGAAACUUAUUCUGACACCGAUCUGUUUAAGGAGAAUUGUGGAGGACAAACAGAAUAA